UUGAGGAGGUGAGAGUCAAAACUCACAUGUUCCAAAAAAUGCGAAAUUGAGAUGGCACUGUCAUCUUGUUCUUCUUCUUGAGCUAAACAUUGCUAUGCUAUUGGUUUACAACAAAACCAGCUUGUUCUUAUUCAAAUUAAUGACAAAAAGUGAGGUUAGUAGCAAAACUCACAUGAUCCAAAGGAACAUGUAAGUUUUGAUGCAUAACGGCUACUAGCAGGUCAUGUGAUCACUUUCGACCAAUCGUGCGCCAGCUAUCUGCUCUUUGUCCGUCUGUCGUCUGCUUUGAGUGGGAUACAAAGCUGAUAGUUUGUGAUUGUUAGCAGUAGUUAUUGAUAGAAUUCUUCUAAUUUCUACUCCAUUCUACCAAUUAUUAGUUCAGUAAUGGAAGAGUUUGUAGUUCCAAUCAAAGAUGGUGAAAAACCAACAAAGAAAACUCCUGACAAAAGUACAUGGAAACGCACGAAAGAAAAGAUUGCCAGACACAAGCCAUCACAGAUGCCAGAAUUCCCCAAAUGCAACCACUUUACUGGGGCAUUCCAGUGCCGCACAUUAACAAUGAGAGACGUACAAAAAUUCCAUGGUUUAUUCUACAAACGCCCGGAACGCCAACACCAAAAUAAUUUUAUUCUUCGAAAUGUGGAAAUAAAGAACGUUCAGAGGAGGAGAUCAAGAGAACACAAAACUAAAGAAAAAUCACAACUACUGAGGACUACAAAAUAUUUCGUCAAAACUACAGCAGGAGAUAAAGUGCCAGUCUGUAUGAACAGUUUUUUAUCAAUUCUAGGCGUAUCCCGAUUUCGUGUCAAUAAUAUCACAAAUGAGUUGAAAAAAAAUGGUGAAGUAGUUGAAAGAAGAGGAGGGUUUCGCAAGAAAGAGAAGUACUCAACACAAAAAAUCAGUAUUAUGAAUUUUAUCAACACAUUGAAAUGUGUUGAAUCUCACUAUUGUAGGGAGAGAAGCUGCCGAAAGUAUCUUCCCAGUGAUCUUAAUGUAAAAAAACUAUGGAGAAUUUACUCAUCAAAAAAUAAAAACUUGGCAGUAAAACUAUCCUUUUUCCGAAAGAUUUUCAACACACAAUACAAUAUUGGUUUUGGCACGCCAAGAACCGAUGUAUGCUCUACGUGUUUAAGCCUCAGAGAGAAAAUCAAAUGUGAAAUGGAUGCUGUGAAGAAAAAUGAGCUCUUAACAGAAAAACGGGUACAUCGUCUGCGCUACAAAGCAUUUUACAAAAAA